GCUCUGCCUCAUUGUCUCCUCUCUUCGCCCCUUCCGCAUUAUUCGCAGCCCCCCCCUCCACCAGAUGUGCUGGGGCUGCUGCAUUUAGGAGGCGACGUCUGUGACAUGACACCAGGGGCAGAAGAAUGAAGCAUGGAAGAGAAAGAAAGAGAAGACACGGACUAUCCCCCGGCUUAUUCUUGUAGACGAGGAGGAGGAAAUCCUAGGAACAAGUCCAAGCACUUAGGAGCCAUGCACUGAGAUACGGAAAGGUUUUUAUGGAACGCCCGAAUCACCAGAGGGCUUCAUGACGAUUUGUGUAAAAUGCUCCGUGUCCUGGCGCCUCUGGUGCUUCUCCUGUUGUUGCUGAUGAAGACCACUGGUAGCCCCAACUCUAUUCGAAUUGCUGCAAUUUUAGAUGACCCAAUGGAAUGCAGUAGGGGAGAACGACUUUCAAUCACACUAGCCAAGGACAGAAUAAACCGGACCCCAGAGAGGCAAGGAAAAUCCAAACUGGAGGUGGACAUCUUCGAGCUUCUGAGAGACAGCGAGUACGAGACGGCAGAAACAAUGUGCCAAAUCCUUCCCAAAGGAGUUUUGGGGGUCCUAGGCCCAUCGUUCAGCCCGUCAUCCAGCUCCAUCAUCAGCAACAUCUGUGGAGAGAAGGAGGUCCCUCACAUAAAAGUAUCACCUGAGGAAUUUUUAAGGUUUCAGUUUCAGAGAUUCACCACUUUGAACCUUCAUCCGAGCAACACAGACGUCAGCGCAGCCAUUGCGGCUCUGCUUAAUUUCUUCAACAGCACCACUGCCUGUCUUAUCUGUGCCAAGGCGGAGUGUCUCCUGAAUCUUGAAAAGCUCCUACGCCAGUUUCUGAUUUCCAAGGACUGCCUUUCCGUCAGGAUGCUCGAUGACACCUGGGAUCCAACACCUCUUUUAAAGGAAAUCCGUGACGAUAAGACUGGCACUAUUAUUAUCCAUGCUAAUGCAUCGAUGUCCCACACUAUUCUGAUGAAGGCUGCAGAACUAGGAAUGGUAUCUGCCUACUACACUUACAUCUUCACAAACCUGGAAUUUUCUCUGCAAAGAAUCGACAGUCCGUUGGAUGACCGAGUGAACAUCUUGAGUUUUUCUAUGUUUAACCAGUCGCACGCCUACUUUCAGGAGUUUGCUCAAAUACUUCAACAGUCUUGGGAAGAGAACUGCGAUCACUCUCCUUUCACUGGCCCUGCCCUCUCCGCUGCGUUACUUUUUGAUGCCGUUUACAGCAUUGUGAACGCUGUGCAGGAAUUAAAUCGAAGUCAAGAGAUUGGUGUUAAACCCCUUUCAUGUGCCUCUGCACAAAUAUGGCAACACGGUACCAGCCUCAUGAACUACUUGAGAAUGGUAGAGUUGGAAGGUCUUACUGGACAUGUGGAAUUCAAUAGCAAAGGGCAAAGAUCGAAUUAUGAUCUGAAGAUUCUGCAGUAUACCAAGAUGGGGUUUCAAGAGAUUGGACAAUGGCACGUCACUAAUGGUAUCUCCAUGGACAAAAAAUACUUCUUACAAAAUGUUUCGGACAGUCUGGCCAAUAAAACGCUUAUAAUCACUACAAUUCUAGAAAACCCAUAUUUGAUGCUGAAACCAAACUAUCAGGAACUUGAAGGUAAUGACCGGUAUGAAGGAUUCUGUGUGGACAUGCUACAGGAGCUGUCGAAGAUCCUGCAUUUUAACUAUAAGAUCCGCCUGGUGGUCGAUGGACUUUACGGUGUUCCAGAGUUAAAUGGCACAUGGAAUGGGAUGGUGGGAGAACUGAUAUCAAGGAAGGCAGAUCUGGCUGUUGCUGGACUCACAAUCACGGCAGAAAGAGAAAAGGUUAUCGACUUCUCAAAACCAUUUAUGACUUUAGGAAUCAGCAUUCUGUACCGUGUUUAUAUGGGAAGGAAGCCUGGAUACUUUUCUUUUCUGGAUCCAUUCUCACCCGGUGUGUGGCUCUUCAUGCUUCUUGGCUACUUGGCUGUCAGCUGUGUGUUGUUCCUUGUGGCUCGCUUGACCCCAUAUGAGUGGUACAGCCCCCAUCCAUGUGUACAGGGAAGAUGCAAUCUCCUAAUAAACCAGUAUUCCCUCGGGAACAGUCUGUGGUUUCCAGUUGGAGGAUUUAUGCAACAGGGAUCUACCAUAGCACCCCGGGCGCUGUCUACACGGUGCGUCAGCGGAGUUUGGUGGGCCUUUACCCUAAUAAUAAUAUCAUCAUAUACAGCUAACCUUGCUGCCUUUCUCACUGUGCAAAGAAUGGACGUACCCAUCGAGUCAGUGGAUGACCUGGCAGACCAGACCACCAUUGAGUAUGGUACAAUACAUGGAGGCUCCAGCAUGACCUUUUUUCAAAAUUCUCGUUACCAGACCUAUCAACGGAUGUGGAAUUACAUGUACUCGAAGCAACCGAGUGUAUUUGUCAAGAGCACAGAGGAAGGUAUAGCCAGAGUGUUAAACUCCAAUUAUGCUUUCCUACUGGAGUCUACCAUGAAUGAGUACUAUCGUCAGCGUAACUGCAAUCUUACUCAGGUUGGAGGUCUGUUGGACACUAAAGGCUAUGGUAUUGGCAUGCCCAUAGGCUCGGUUUUCCGAGAUGAGUUUGAUUUGGCAAUCUUACAGCUUCAAGAAAACAACUGUCUAGAUGAUCUGAAACGAAAGUGGUGGGAUGGGGGUAUAUGUCCAAAAGAAGAAAACCAUAGAGCAAAAGGUUUAGGGAUGGAAAACAUUGGCGGCAUCUUUGUCGUAUUAAUCUGUGGUCUAAUAGUGGCUAUUUUCAUGGCAGUGCUCGAGUUCCUAUGGACCGUACGCCAUUCUGAAGACUCUGAGGUUUCCGUGUGCAAAGAAAUGGUGACAGAGCUAAGCAACAUAAUUCUCUGCAAAGACAGUCUCCUGCCACGUCGUAGGCGUGGGGGUUUUAUACGUUCUAGAUCUACCAUUCAGGAUGAUAGAAGAGGACGCAAUACUAGUAUUCUCAGUAAUGGUAAACUAUGUGGCGGUAGUGGGCCUGACCCAUUGGCACAGAGACUGGCACAAGAAGCAGCUCUAGUGGCCCGGGAAUGUACACAUAUUAGAGUAUGUCCAGAGUGCCGCCGCUUUCAAGGACUCCGAGCACGUACCUCUGCGGGCUCUCCAGCACAAAGUGAGGAAAGUUUAUGGGAGAAGACCUCAAACAGCAGUGAGCCGGAGUAGAAGGCCAUGAGCGUUAAAAGGGAAACAAAACAUCCAGUGUUUUUUGUUUUUUUUGUCAUCACCCAAUUAAACAAUGAAACUUUUUACAGCAAGACUAAAAUCCUGUUAGUGGAUUAUCCAUGAUACAAAGAGAGCUCCCACCAUGGAUUUCUGUGAUCUGAGCUGCCGUUAAAAAGUUCCCGACAUUGUAAAACUGAUGGUUUCCCAUCUAAAUUAGCAGAGGACUAAACCUAGUCACAUGAUAUCAUUAUUUUUGGAUCUUGAGGGCCAUUGUCUUCCUUUCCCCAAAGUCAUGGACAUCUAGAAGCUAUUCUUAUUUGGAUACCCACAGUGUCUGUAGUAUCAAGCCAAACAUUUUGUCUAAACUGUUAGUUUGGAUGUGGUGAGAAUAAGAUUGUUCUCUGCGUACGAUCAGGAAACCGUUUUGGUGUUUUAAUUGGUUGAGAAUGUUUUUGUUUUUUUUACUAUGGCUUCAUGUUUGUCUUUGAAGGUUGUGUUCUGCCAGUAUUCAUGUUUUUGUAGAGAAAGUCAAGCCCCAUAUGAAGUGUACAUCCUGGCCACAUGAAAAAAUUGUCUACAAUAUUGGUGUCAUGGGAUAUCAACUCAUGGCUGUCAUGUAAAUAUACAGCUUCGUCAUUGUGUAAUAUGAAUAAGAGCUAGAUUUACCAAAAGAUCGAUGGUGAAAGUAAAUUAAAAGGAUAAAUAAAAUUCCAUUAGUAUGGUGCCGAAAAUAAGCUUUU